UCUAGACUUUCCAGCAUUACCUUUCAGUUUUAAUGCUUUGAAACAAAUAUGCAAUUGCGAAAAUUUUUGUGUUGCUUACCCCUGAAAUAUGGCGUCAUUAUUGUGGGCGCCGUGUUUGGCCUGUUGGACUUCGUCAUGGGCAGCAUCGGGUUGGAAAUGAUUAUUUCCCACAAAUAUCCAGACGAAGUGGUCGAAUUCUUUCGCACCAUGGACACCAGGACCUGCGUGGCCGGAGUGACAGCCGUAAUUUGGGUAUUAAUGAUAGACCAUUUUCUUUUAAUCUAUGGCGCGAUCAACAACAAUCUUCUGCUUAUCGGCACCUGGCUGUUAAUAAACUAUAUCAUAUUCCUGUUCACUCUCGUCACCGUGCUGUUGGAUGACUGGGCGAUCGGCAGAAUAAUUGGUAUCGGCUAUAGCUUGAUCGUGGUGAGAUCUUACUAUACUGAAUUGAACGUGGUUAGUCCAGUUAUCAGCCAAGAAGUUAGUGAGCAAGAAAAUAGUAACGAAUCGUCUGCAUAAAAUGGAUUAAGCGAUAAUGAAACUGCACUUUCCGAAAAUGCCGUCAAAAGCCCCGCUUCAGACUCAUUAAAAAUCCAUUAAACUCGAUAAAAAAAAGAGAGAGAGAGAUGAAGGCUCCCCCAGAAAGAAAGAGACAGAGGGCGGAAUAAGCAUUUCUUAAUAAGCUUUACACACAAAUGUGGAGCACUUGGUGACAGUUCCCGCCGACUUUUUGGGUUUUUUUCCUCCAAAAGGGUGAAGUCAACAUCAGACGAGAAAAAAAUAAAAUAAAAGUCGAAAGUCGAGGGCCGGCCACUUAAAAGCUCAUUUUGUGAGUGCAUUUUGGUGUUGCAUAUGCAAAUAAAUCAUUCCGUUUCCAAUUCGGAUUCGUGCCGCUCAUGAGAUAUGCAAAAAAUCGACGAGUAAAUGAGCUCUGAAAUCGUUUAAGGUACAAACGAGCCAAAUCAACGCUGAUCACGAGCAGUUUAUGGUUGCGCAUUCAUUAUAAAUUAAAGCGUAUAUUAACGGAUAAUCCAAGUCACUUGUGAUACCUAAAAAUAUCUCAAAGAGUGUGAAAUUCCUGUUUAAUGAAUCACUGAGUACACAAGGUAGUUUUCCUUACUAGAGAGGAAACAAAAAAUGUAUAUACCAGGCA